GAGAAGGGGGACAAGAGAGGCUCUGCUGUCCUGUCUUCGUCGUUGAAACUGAAAAAUAGGGAAAAUGGGACUUUGUAUGUUCAGAAGCACACCCGUUUUUAUUGUGUCCUUUCUGUUUUGGAUCACAGGAUGUGCACCACAAAAAGUGUAUUUCGACUGUGGAGCCAAAGUGGACGUUGUGGAUGCCCAGGGGCUCAUUCUCUCCCCUGGAUUUCCCUAUAACUACUCCUCAGGGACUCACUGUGUGUGGCAGUUCUUUGUACCUGUGGGCCACCAGCUCAUCAUGGAGAUGUUUGACUUUGACGUCUUCGAGAAUCACAACAGUCAGGUCCGAUUUGCCGCCAUGUCGGAGGGGGACCUGGACGAGGAGAUGAUGGACGACAGUGCGGCGUACUCGACCGAGAUGCCGGCGGUGGACGAAGGUGACCCCUCCCAGUAUAAAGGCUUCGCCACGGCAACACAAGGCAGCAGUAGCAGCGGCGGCAACGCCAGGGAGCCCCAGUCUUCACCAAAGGACGAGGCCAAGCCCGUGGUCGUCCAAGAGCAGUCCACGAAAAUGGAGAUGGCCAAAGUGUCCAACUCUGCCAAAUGGUCACCGGCCUCGCCCUCUGUGGCGCCCUCGCUGCAGCCCCCUGAGCAGCAGGCUGCCGGGACGGAGCUGGGAGAGGGAGAGAAAGCCCAGAGCGACGGCAUCUCGCCGCAGGGCCUGCGGGCCGACAGCAGCCUGGGGCGGAGCGAGUUUGUGUACGAGCCCACCUCGCCUCCGCCUUCGCCCGCCGACGACACCGAGUCGGCGAGUCCGGAGACGCAGCAGGCGCAGGUGGACGCCUGCCCGCACGACGUCCUCUACAUCUCCGACCUGAUCACCUUCUCGUCGCGCUUCUGCGGCGCCAACCGGCCGGCCAGCAGCCAGCUGGUGUUCGGCUCCUCGGACGACAUGGUGGAGGUGAUCAUGGAGCUCAUCACCACCACCCACUGGGGCCGCGGCUUCGCGCUGCUCUUCCACUACCGCAACCAGACCGACGCCAUGGCCGACCAGCGCACCCUCACCCCCGCGGCCAGGCACACGGACGCCGUGCUGGCCAUCGUGAGCGGGGUCGCCUUCUUCGCCGUGGCUCUCUCCUGUGUGCUCUUCAUCAUCUUCAGACCAAAACUAUGCGCAAAAGGGGCCAGCGCAUCUCCCUCCAGCAACCCUGAGGUACCUCAGCUUGUGCAGAACCCCGGGGCGGACGUCAGCGAGUUGCAGCUGGUGCCUCCCAAUGCCCCCGGCCAAGAGACUGUGCCCAAGAAUGGCAACAACAACCGGUCGCACAGCCUGAGCCUGCCAAACACAGAGUUGUCGUUCACGUCUGGCAUCGAGGCGGCCACCAACCCCGAGCAGGACAUCUCCUCUGGGGGUCUUACCGAGCUGGAGCUGGGCACAGACGAGGUGUUUGUGAUCUCCUCCGGACCCAGUCCAAGCAGAUUGCCAUUCUGUCCCCAAACGCGGGAGAGGUUCCUGCGACACAGUGACACCGGUCCCUCCCAGGUGAGUGACUGGCCGUCUCCAGAGCCUGCAGCUGCCCCUGCCGGAACCACAGGGUCCUCCAACAGCUCUCGCCCACGAGCCUGGAGCGUCCGCACCUUCCAGGACUUCCUCCCUCCUCUGCCACAGCUGCACAAGAAGUGGUGCAGUUGGAACUCCACCAGCCCCUUCACCAAGCUGGUCGACAGCGCACCAUCCAGCUCGGUAGCCGACUGCCAGACUGAGGGCAAGAGGAAGGUUUUCUCGGACACCAUGCUGGGCAGCAAGGCGGACACAAGCCAGUCCGACUCCUCCAUGAGCAACGCCUCCUACCCCCUUACCCAGCCAGCACAGCGGCAGCGGCGCCUCAACUCCACCAGUAACCUCCGCCGCGCACGCUUCGCCGCCCCAUGCUUUGGCCUCCUGUCCGGCUCCCCAGAGGGCAGCAGAUCGCCCCCUAGGGGCCACCAGGGUCCUGAUGCCCACAGCGGGGGCAGUUCUCCGGGGCAACAGCGGCAGCAGCAUGGGGAGGCCCAGGCCGGGAAGAUCCGGGACUUCGCCGGAGGAGGCGGCGGCGACGAUCACAUCACCGUGCCGGUGUUCGCCAUAUCGGAGGAGGAGGAUCGGCAGCCUCUGGUGCUGGCCGAGCACCUAAGCCAGUCCUCGGCCAUGCACAACGGACUGAGCCAGGGCAAGAGGCUCGCAGACGGGGGCGCGCUCAACGGGUCCGUCCUGUCCCGCAACAACGGGAAGUCCGAGUGGAGGCCGUGGGCCAACAGCAGCACGGCGGAGCCCGGCCUUCUCCCGGCUGGCGUGUCCAGCGGAGCGGCGCAAUCAGCGCUGGUGUUGUCAAACAGCUUGUCUGGUCCGAUACAGCUGUCCUCGCUUAGCCAAUAAACAAAGCCACGCAGUACGGUGGGCCAAGGACACGAUCAAUCGAAGCAGUGUUUGAGUCGGAACUGAGGAAUGACUCCUGACUCGAACCAGCCGUGUUGAGCUGGCGUUUCACUGGCAAAGGCAAACCGGCAAAAAAAAAGCCUGGAAAAAUCCCUACAGAUAAACCUGAAGUUAAUCUAUCAGAGCCGUCUUGACAAAGAGUGAGGAAAGGACUUGUUUUCUAUAUAUGUGUGUAAUCAUUUUUGUUACUCUUUACCAUCCAUUUACCAACCAUUAUAUAUGCACAUACUGUAGGCCUACUAGGUCAAGAUAUUAUCAGAGACUGAAAGAACCAUCAUUUCAAAAUUACAGCUGAAGUUCUUUAAUAUCCUGUAUCUUAUCCAUCUCCAUUCAACAUGUAGUCUCUGUUUUUACGUUGCUUAUAAAAGAAUAUCAAAUAUCCAAUAUGUAAAUGCAGUAGUUAGAGGUAAAGGUGUAUAUUUUACCAUCCACUAGUGCUAUGAAUUAAUACCUAACUGAAAUGAUAGAUUGUAUGUGUUUUUUUUCCUAUAUCAAAGUGAUAUUCCAAAUACCUGCACUUUUUUUUACACAAGUUUGUCCUUAAUCCUGCAGUAGGCUACUAUGUAGAGGACCAAUUAGAGUGUGUCGUGCAGUGCAGCAAGCCGCUUGGCAGGCCCUUUUUCUGCGAUUCACUGGGUCCAACAUGCCUCUGUACACUGAGUUUAGUAACGCACAUGGCCCAGUGCCCACUCGUGCCCCAUAUCAGCACACCUUCGGUGGGACUGUGGCCAACGUUAAUAUGCUGCUACUGCUGUUGCUGCUGCUACGCGUGCUCACGCAUAUUCUCCCUCUCUCCUGGAAAGAUAAGAUAAAAAAAAAUAAGAAAAAAAAACACCUGGACUCACACCUCUUGCCAUGCUGGAUCAUGACCGAUGGAUGCAGCCGCUGCACCCAAAACGCAGUUUCAUAAUAUGCGUGUGGCCUGCACAAACAUAAUGGCUGGCGUUCCAAGUUUUUUUUUUUUUCUUUUUAAAAAAAAGGGAACUGAUAACUGUGCAAACAUGACUGAAAAAAAGCAACUAACCUUUAUUAUGUGUAAGUAUACGCUACUGUAUAGAGAAUAUUAUAGUGAGUGUAACAAACAAUGAGUGGAGUCAAAAGGGGAGUGUGUGAACAAGAUUCACUAAUAAAAACUAU